ACUUUCCCAACAUCACGUGAUCGAUUUUCAGUUUUAAUAUCAAAUCUCUCCUUCAAAUGACACAUAAGCGAAUUGACUGCUUUAGCUAAGGUUGCCUGAGUUUUAGUUUUUUCAUCUUUCAAAGGUUGAGUAUUUGAAGCAACAUGGGUGACGCAGGAGCUCCUAAAUUUGGUAUCAAUGGUUUUGGACGUAUUGGUCGUCUUGUACUAAGGGCUGCUUUGGAAAGAGGCGCAGAGUGUGUUGGUGUAAAUGAUCCUUUCCUUGAUGCAGCCUACAUGGAAUAUCUCUUCAAAUAUGACUCCACCCAUGGUCGUUUCAAGGGAGAAGUUAGCCAUGAUGAUAAAAACCUCAUCAUUGAUGGAAAAAAGAUUGCAAUCUUCAGUGAGAGGGAUCCCAAAGCCAUUCCAUGGGGCAAAGUUGGUGCCAAAUAUGUUGUAGAAUCAACUGGAGUAUUCACCACCAUUGAGAAGGCCAAGGCUCAUAUUGAAGGAGGUGCAGCUAAGGUUAUCAUCUCUGCACCAUCUGCAGAUGCCCCUAUGUAUGUCUGCGGUGUCAAUCUCGAUGAGUAUGACCCCAAGGCUCCUGUUAUCUCAAAUGCUUCCUGCACCACCAACUGCUUGGCUCCAUUGGCCAAGGUCAUCCAUGAUAAAUUUGGAAUUGUUGAAGGUUUAAUGACUACAGUUCACGCAACCACUGCCACACAGAAAACUGUUGAUGGUCCAUCAGGAAAACUGUGGCGUGAUGGACGUGGGGCUGCCCAAAACAUCAUUCCAGCAUCCACUGGAGCUGCAAAGGCUGUAACCAAAGUCAUCAAGUCCUUGGAUGGAAAAUUGACUGGUAUGGCUUUCCGUGUGCCAACUGCUGAUGUUUCCGUUGUGGAUUUGACCUGUCGACUUGAAAAGGGAGCUUCCAUGGAUGAAAUCAAGAAAGCUGUGAAAGAAGCUGCCGAUGGACCCAUGAAAGGAAUUUUGGGAUACACCGAAGAUGACGUUGUGUCUUCUGACUUCAUUGGAUGCACUUGUUCAUCAGUCUUUGACGCUAAAGCCGGAAUUUCCCUCAACCCCAACUUUGUUAAACUUAUCGCGUGGUACGAUAACGAAUAUGGAUACUCUUGCAGAGUUGUUGACCUCAUCAAACACAUCAACACUAAGGCAUAAGCGGCAUUUGUGUGGAAUAACUCUCUAUAAUCAUUAUAGAAAUCUGGAUGAGAAAAGUUUUUGUAGUGCAUGUUGAAAGUGAAAUAUUUUCCGAAUUAUUUAUCUUUGUUUUUUUUUUCACUUCGAUUUAAGAUAUAUCCACUGAUAACAUAAUAAAUGUAACUAUUUAA